AUGGCGAUCAGUGUGUCAUUCAAAGUUACGGGGGGCAAAGAAUUCACCAUUUCGGUGGAACCCGAAAUUACCGUAUUGGAAUUAAAGCAAAAAUGUGCUGAACAUGUAGAUAUCCCUGUUGAGUGUCAGAGGCUUAUUUUUAAAGGAAAAAUAUUGAAGGAUAAAGAACCCUUAACAACGUAUGGCGUAAGCGACGGGAUCACCAUGCACUUGGUUCGCAGCGCGGCCCCUGUGAAGGAACCUGAAGCUGAGAAGGAGACAAACAAGAACGAAGGAGCGGGAAGCAACACGAGCGCGACCCCAACCCCGAACCUUGGCACAAAUCCAGGCGAGAACAUGAAUGACCUUAGUGACAAUCCACUAAUUCAGAUGUUUCUGCAGAGUGGAGCGGGAGGAGACAUGAACAUGAAUGCGGGACUAGGCGCAGGAGACAACUUCAACCUGGGCGCAUUCGCCAAUUUUUUAAACCCCGGAGGAAAUGGAGAAAUAAAUCGAGACAGCAUCAGCUCUCUGUUAAACAACCCACUUGCGAGAUCCCUAAUGAACGAAAUUAGUAACAACCCAGAGAUGCUAGCGAACAUAGUAUCCAACAACCCACUCCUGAGGAAUACAUUUUCGCAGAGCCCUAUAAUGCAGCCAGUGUUGGAAAAUCCAAACCUAUUAAGGGAAUUAAUGAGGCCGGAAUUUUUACAGGCAGGUUUACAGUUUGAAAAUGCCCUGAACAUGAACAAUGCGGCCAACAACAACGGUGCGAACAAUGCAGGAAAUAAUCAGCGGGGACUAAGAAUGGAAGAUCUGUUGAGUAACCUGAACAAUUUAGCAAAUGCCAAUGCAGGCGCUGGUACAGGAACGACAGGUGACAACAAUAACAGUAAUAACAAUUUGAAUAAUAUGAGUUCUCUUUUUCAGUCACCAGAAUUGUUGCAAACGUUCCAACAAGUUAUGCGAGCAAAUCGUAACUUGGGCAAUUUUAAUUUUCCCGGUGCGGGUCAAAAUAUGGACUUCAACACAGGCAAUGUUGCUGAUAACAGACCACCCGAGGAGAAAUACGCCUCCCAAUUGUUGAGUCUACAAGAGAUGGGCUUCAUCGACAAUGACGCGAAUAUUCAGGCUUUGCAGGAAACUGGGGGGGACGUAAAUUCCGCCGUCACGCGGUUGUUGGAGAAGGGCUUCAAUUAG